CAUCAUGGUUGGAGUUUCAGCACAGCUAAAGUUACACAAUGCAAGAUUAGGGCAAUCUUCCAAUGGGAGCCAGCAGCUGUUCAACGUGAUGAUUCUGGAGCUCACCCAAAAUGGUCAUCUGAGUGCCUUUCUCUCAGACAGCAGAGAGGAAAGGAUUAGGUAAGACAUCAAAAGGCUUAAUUUAUUAGGAUGAUAUUGAUUACACAAACCUCUUGCAAAAUGCUAAACAUAAUCUGUAGCAUAUCAGAAAUCCCAGACCUAGGGCAACAUCACUAAUAUGUUGCUAGGACAUUGUUAAUGUGGAAGGCAACCUGUCUGCCUAGGCAGACGAAUCAAUGGCAUCAAUUAUGCAAUGCAAUCAGGACAUGUAGAUAAUUUACACCCACUGACAUGGAUUGACCAGGUGGAGGCGCUUCGCAGCUUUUAAUAUGUUCAGUCUUCAUUACAUGAAAUUGAUAUUGAAAAUACAAAAUAACGUGUAAAUAGUGACAACCAAAGCAUAGCAAGUUAUUAAAAGCCAUAGUAUGUUUAUUUGUUGUCACUUGUCUCCAAUGUGGUUGUUCUGUCCAAGCAGCCUGUGUGAACUUCACAAUUAUUGCAAGCGCAACGGUUUCCGCUCCAUCAUUUUACUGUUUGACAGCUACACACCACGUUUGUCAUGACAUUCACACUUCAGCUGCACAUAUUCCGGGAAGACGCGCUCCCGAAGAACAAAACACACACACCCUUUGUCAAUGCGGCUCCUUGCCGCUGGAAAUUGAUCAGUAGAAGUACUGCUGUAGCCUAUCAUUAGCCAACGGUGACAUUCACUAAGCUGCGCGCUCAGACUGGCAGGUUGCUGUACUAGCACUAUGGAGGACAACCCCAAGGAUGAUAGCGCUACGAAGGGACAGGAAUCGAUUUCCUACCAACGAAGGAUGUGGAAGAAUUUCCAAGACAAAACCAAACCGUUUUUGAGCCCCAAAUUGGGCUCUGGGCGUCGCAGUCCCGACAGUAAAAAGGAGACCGGGUUAUGGAUGUUUAAAAGAAAAAAGAAAGAGCUAGACCGUUUCUUUUCGUCCUCACAGCCCAAUCUCUGCUGCUCUACCCCGGCGCCUUUCCUGGCUGACCAGUCCCUCGGUGGUACAGCGCCUGGGAGCAGCAGCACGGGGCAACCUCUGCAUCACCUACUGGGGGCCGAUGGAGCGUCCGCGAGCAAGCCAGAGCUAACGGGACAUGACAGCCCGAAACUCAUUGUCUCCCAUUUAAUCCUGUCCCAUCAGAAGAGCUCCUCUCUCGGCUCUGCAUGCUUCGAGAAGCUGGUAGUAGAAUCUUCGGUCGUUGGGGAGGAGGAACAGUUGCGCAAAAACGCCAGUGAUUCCGGCAUCAACAUCGCGGGGUCAAGUAAUGCUGAGACCGCUCCUCCUGCCAACCCAGGGAUGUACCAACUGGACAUCACUCUAAAGAGGGGACACAACCUCGCCAUCAGGGACAGAGGAGGGACAAGUGAUCCGUAUGUGAAGUUUAAGAUUGCGGGGAAGGAGGUGUUCAGGAGCAGGACCAUCAAUAAGAACCUGAACCCGGUGUGGGACGAGAGGGUCAGCCUACUUGUGGACAGCCUCCGAGAACCUCUUUAUGUCAAGGUGUUUGACUAUGACUUCGGCCUUCAGGAUGACUUCAUGGGUUCUGCCUACCUCUACCUGGAGUCUCUGAAAGACCAGAGGACCCUGGACGUGACCCUUGACCUCGAGGAUCCCCAGUACCCCGAACAUAACCUGGGAACUCUAGAGCUGGCAGUCACACUGUCACCCAAAGAAGGAGACUUCAGGGAAGCAACCAUGCUUUUGAAAAGAAGCUGCAAACGAUCCAGUAAGCAGCAGCAUUCGAGUAUGCGGUUGUCAGAUGUCCACAGGAAAGCUCAGCUGUGGAGAGGUAUAGUGAGCAUCAGUCUGAUCGAGGCUCAUGACCUCCAGCCUAUGGACGCCAACGGCUUCAGUGACCCCUACGUCAAGUUCAGACUGGGCCAUCAGAAAUACAAGAGCAAGACGAUACCCAAGACUCUGAACCCCCAGUGGAGAGAGCAGUUUGACUUCCAUCUAUAUGAGGAGCAGGGGGGCUUCAUCGACAUCACCGUCUGGGACAAAGAUGCAGGCAAGAAGGACGACUUCAUGGGCAGGUGUUCGAUAGACCUGUCACCGCUCAGUAAAGAGCACACUCAUAAGUUUGAUCUGCCGCUGGAGGAGGGCGAGGGCAUGCUGGUGCUGCUGGUCACACUCACGGGGGCAGCUGCAGUGUCCAUCUCGGACCUGUCUGUCAACAUCCUGGACGACACACACGAGAGACACCAGAUACGACAGAGAUAUAGUGUGCUGAGGUCGUUCCACAACCUGAAGGAUGUGGGAGUGGUCCAGGUUAAGGUCAUCAGAUCAGAGGGGCUGAUGGCAGCAGAUGUCACAGGGAAGAGUGACCCCUUCUGUGUGGUGGAACUGAGUAACGAUCGGCUACAGACACACACGGUCUACAAGAACCUCAACCCCGAGUGGAACAAGGUCUUCACCUUUAACGUGAAGGACAUCCACUCGGUGUUGGAGGUGACGGUGUACGACGAGGACCGAGACAGGAGCGCAGACUUCCUGGGUAAAGUGGCCAUCCCUUUACUAAACAUUCAAAAUGGUGAACGGAAAGCCUACGCUUUGAAAAGCAAGGAGCUGACAGGGCCAACAAAAGGGGUCAUCUUUCUGGAAAUAGACGUGAUUUUUAACGCUGUAAAGGCAGGUCUCAUGACGUUGAUACCCAAAGAGCAGAAAUACAUAGAGGAUGAGCCCAGAGUGUCCAAACAGUUGCUUCUGCAAAACUUCAACAGAGUGAGACGAUGCAUCCUGUUCCUCAUCAACGCCGGCUGCUACAUCAACAGCUGCUUCGAAUGGGACUCAACUCAGAGGAGCAUCUGUUCCUUCCUGGUCUUUGUUCUGGUGGUGUGGAACUUUGAACUCUACAUGAUUCCUCUGGUUCUGUUGCUGCCGCUGGCCUGGAACUAUAUCCUCAUCUCUUCGGGGAAGGACACCAGGCAAGAUGUGCAAGCGAUGGAGGACUUGCUGGAGAAUGAGGAUGAGGACUAUGACAAAGAUGACAAGGACCCAGAGAGAAAGGGCUUCAUCAACAAGCUGUAUGCCAUCCAGGAUGUGUGCAUCAGUGUGCAAAAUGCCCUGGAUGAAGUGGCAUCCUAUGGUGAAAGGAUAAAGAACACUUUUAACUGGACAGUGCCUUUCCUAAGCUGGCUGGCCAUCGUGGCUCUAUGUGUGGCCACUGUUCUCAUCUACUAUAUCCCCCUACGCUACAUCGUCCUGGCCUGGGGGGUGAAUAAAUUCAGCAAGAAGCUCCGUGACCCGUAUACCAUUGACAACAACGAGCUCUUGGACUUCCUGUCCAGAGUCCCCUCAGAUGUUCAAGUGGUGCAGUACCGAGAGCUGAAAGUGGAUCCCAGUCAUAGUCCAAAUAAAAGAAAGAAAAACAACCCGGGAUAACUGGCUUUGCCCACCCACUGAAUCUUCCCUCCCUCACCCGUCCAACGCCAAGAAGCAGAGAAACACUGGACAAAUCUGAGGGAGCACUUGCCCUUGUGCCCACUGUGGGCAUGAUACCUCUGAAAGACACAAGCGUGUGUGUCUUACUGCUUCUAUCUCAGCCAGUAUACAGUGAGUUACCACGUUUAUUAGCUUCUAUCUCAGCCAGUAUACAGUGAUUUACCACGUUGAUUAGCUUCUACCUCAGCCAGUAUACAGUAAGUUACCAUGUUGAUUAGCCUGUUAGCCUCCAGUCAUGUUCUGCUGCUUGAAAAUGAAAACAGACACACCCCUUCAUUUCAAUAUCAGAAGCUGUAUUUGUACACGUCGCGUUGCACAAUGUCUUUUCACUUGGUAGGCCUAUCCCAGUGGUACUUGACUAUCCAAAUGAAUGUGGAAACUUUAAAACAUCAAACACCCUAUUUUAAAUUCAACUAAAAACUUCUGCAGUCCUGCCAAUAUGCCAAUCUUUACUCCCAUCGAUAGCCCAGAUUAGUGUUUUUCUACCCAGAAACUGAGUGUCAUUUACCCCAGCAGAGGCAGGAGAGUGUGGCUUGUUGCUGUGCAACUGAGCUAAUAUAGAUGUCACCCUGUGCAGACACAAUCGCCAGGGAGGCCUUAGGCAGCCCGAGCGGUAAUCUUAUUUGAAAGGCUGGUCUCCUCUCCUCUCAUCUCCACAUGUGUUGCCUCAGUGGGCACAGACAGACACACACAUACAGUACACACACACUCCGAUGCUCUGCCUCAGGCUGGCCGCUCUCUCCAUCUGCCCCAUCUCCUGUGCCCACAGCUCAACUGUGAUCUCUUUCAAGGGACCUGUGUGUAUGUGUGUGUGCGCCCGUGCAUAUGUGUUUAUGCAAGCAGACAAGCUAGUUGUGUGCUUGGUGUGUGCCCAUACACUGUGUAUAUGCUAUGUGUGUAAAUGAUGGGUGUGUAAAUGAUGGGUGUGGUCACAGGCCGGCUCAGCCUGUGGCAAAAAUGAGGGGACGCAAACAAGUAUAGGCCAAAUAAAAAAUGUUCUUUAUUGUAAACAAAACUAUUAACUUUAAACUAAGAAAAAGGAAUGAGGUGUGGAAGUAUCACAAUGUAAGGUGUAUGUAAAGUGCAGGGAUGCGUGAAUCUGUGUGUGUGAAUGACUGGGUGAAAACUAUGCAAAACUACAAUGGAACAAACAAAACAGGUUCAUACCUGGAGGAGCAGAGAGAGAGAGAGGUGAUUAGUGACAGUUUAAAUACUCUGAUCCCAGGUGACUCCAAUCACUAACGACCCUCCUCUGCCUGCAGGAGGAACCACCCCUGCAAUGCAGAGGAGGAGCCGUGACAGUGUGUAAAUGCUGUGUGUGUGGAAAUGUUGUGUUUUUGAGUAAAUGCUGUGUGUGCGUAUAUGCUAUGUGUGUAUAUGCUAUGUGUGUACAUGCUGUGUGUGUAAAUUAUGUUUGUGUAUAUACAGUAUGCUAUGUGUGUAAAUUAGGUCUGUAAAUGCUACGUGUGUACAUGCUGUGUGUGUAUAUACAGUAUGCUAUGUUUUUAAAUACUGUGUGAAUGCUGUGUGUACAUGCUGUGUGUGUGUAUAUGCUAUGUGUGUAUAUGCUAUGCGUGUAAAUGCUGUGUGUAAAUGCUGUGUGUGUACAUGCUGUGCGUGUAAAUGCUCUAUGUAAAUAUAUGCUAUGUGUGUAAAUGCUGUGUGUGAAUGCUGUCUGUGUAUAUAUGCUAUGUGUGUACAUGUUGUGUGAAAAUGUUGUGUGUGUACAUGCUGUGUGAGUAAGUGCUGUAUGUGUACAUGCAGUGUGUCUAAAUGUUAUGUGUAAAUGCUGUGUGUGCAUAGGCUGUGUGUGUACAUGCUGUGUGUGUUUAAAUACUGUGUGUAAAUGCUGUGUGUGUAUAUGAUAUGUGUCUACAUGAUGUGUGUGUAAAUGCUGUGUGUGUAUACGCUCUGUGUAAAUGUUGUGUGUGCAAAUGCUGUGUGUGUACAUGUGUGUGUAAAUGCUGUGUAUAAAUGAUGUGUGUGCACAUGAUGUGUGUAUAUGCUGUGUUUGUACAUGCUGUGUGUAAAUUAUGUGUGUGUAUAUGCUGUGUGUAAAUUAUGUGUAUGAAUGAUACGUGUAAAUGUUGUGUGUGUAAAUGCUGUGUGUGUGUGUGCAUGUAGCUCCAGAGUAAAAUCAAUAAGAAAAUAGGUGUUUUAUUGUCACAUGCACCUGAUAGGUGCAGUGAAAUAUGUUGUUUUACAGGGUCAGACAUAGUAGUAUGGUGUCCCCGGGAACAAAUUAGGGUUAGGUGCCUUGCUCAAGGACACAUCGGCAGAUUUCUCACCUUGAUGUCUCAAGUAUUUGAACCAAAGCUCUAACUGCUAGGUUUCCUGCCACCCUUGUUGGUUGUCGGUCUCCUCUGGCACAGGAGAUGGAUGUGGAUCUGAGUUUGAACUUGAAGGGUGAGCUAGAUGAGCAGCCAGCCAGCCAACCAGCCAGCCAGCCUGCCAGCCGCUGUGACAAGACAAGACGCUUAGGGGACUUGGGCCAGAAACGGCAGGGGUGUGUGUGUUUGUGUGCGCGUGUCUGUGCGUGCACCCUUUUGACCAAAUCCCCCCCAUCAUCCCUCUCUCUUUCCCUCUCUCAUUCGUCAGUGGUUGGGGUCACAGCCCUGUCUGAAAGGAAAGUCUCCUGGGUCUCUCCUAGAGCAUCUUUUGAAAGAUCACAGCAUAGGCUACAUCUGAGAAGCCUUCCACUCCUCCAUAUCCACGUCUUCCUCUUCAUCCCUUAAACUUCAGCAAGCGUAGAUCUGUCACUUGGAAGGCCAUUGAUUUAGAUUGUUUUGAGGAAUGCACUUGAAAGACAAUAACAUGCUCCAUAGAGAACUAGACCUAGACAUACGAUUAAUAUCAUCCUCACCAAAAUACUCUUUUGUGUCUUUUUGUACUGCCUGAAGGGGACAUUUUGUAAACCUGAAUAUGUAUGUGUGUACCUCUGUAUGUGGUAGCUAUAAUUUACAGUAAUUGUGGUGGUAUAUUAUGUGUGGUCUUGCAUCCAAAUGCUCUGAGUUUUAUAAAACUGCAUUGGCUGUGUUUAAAAGCAGUGAAAAGUGAUUUUGUUUUGAUGAGACAGAGAAUGUAUCUGACAGACAUAAAGGAAAAAUGCACUUUCAUUUGCACCCAUUUUUUUAACCUUGACUUCAUUUUUGAAUGAUGUACAUAGUAGGCCGUGUUCAUUUAUGGUUUCAAGUAUUUUUGACUGUAUGCUUGUUAAUGGUCUUAUGUUGAUGAUCUUGUGUAGAUCUAUGCUUGUCUUUUCUCUCUGAGGUCUUUUUGCCUGCAGACUGUGCUUGACUAGGGCAGGAGCUCACCGGAGCUGAGUACCGGCACCUCAGAUGUUCUACUGCUUGAGCUCCUGUUCGUCUUAUAGAAUAUUAGCUCAAAAGUAUUGUGGAGCUCCUGCACCUAAAUAAAAACAGUACUGGCACCCAUUUCAGUCCAAGUCAAGUACUGCCUGCAGUGUUUCCUGUGACAUCAGCUUCACUUUCCUUGUACUGGUCAACGGUUCUAGAGGACAACGGUGGGGAUUUUGGGGUGGGUGGGCAGUAAGGGAAAGUUAUGAGAAAAUAAUGUACAUCUAUUAAGACGAUAUAAAUGCACCUGAUGCACGUAGAUUAUUUUGAAAAAUGUGAAAAAUAUUAAAUAUUUUGUAUAAUC